AUGUCUGGACGUGGCAAGGGCGGCAAGGGGCUCGGCAAGGGUGGCGCGAAGCGUCAUCGUAAGGUGUUGCGUGACAACAUCCAAGGCAUCACCAAGCCUGCCAUCCGUCGCCUCGCUCGCCGUGGCGGUGUCAAGCGUAUCUCUGGCCUGAUCUACGAGGAGACACGCGGUGUGCUCAAGGUGUUCCUCGAGAACGUGAUUCGGGACGCCGUCACCUACACUGAGCAUGCCAAGCGCAAGACCGUGACCGCCGCGAGGACCAUGGACGUUGUGUAUGCCCUCAAGCGUCAGGGCCGCACCCUCUACGGUUUCGGAGGCUAAGCAGCGCGCGUGCUCGACGUCAGACCUCAGCAGCGCAACAUGGAUUUUCGGCCACCCGGCGAGCCGCCGCCGCGCAUCCGCCACCGUCGCCACGCGAGCUUGAGCCGGGUGACACUCGGCCCCGCGACACUCGAUGAGCUGCGGGCAAGGGAAGAUCUCGAGCUUCGUGCCACCCGCAUGCUGGGCGAGUGGCUACGUGUACGAGCCGCCACCUUGGAGGUCCCUACGUUUUCUCCCGCGGCUACGACCGCACCGGGAGGCGCUUCAGCAUCCGCAGCCCCAGCGGCAGCUACGGAGUCACCGGCGAACGGCCCUUGCGACCAGGAGACCCACGCUCAGGUGCCGCUUCCCCCCUCGGACGACGAGGAGAUGGAACUGUCCAUCUCUCGGAAACGCGCCCGCGAGAACGAGAGCGAGGACGAUGAACCCGCUGGGCCACGCAAGCACCCGCCGAGCGUUCCCUCCCGCUCGGAACAGCCGACGGCGGACGACGACCAGGACAGCGCCAUCUCCCGACACCCGGGGGAAACACCUGCCACCCUCUCCCUGCCGCACGCGCAGAUCGGAGCACCCUCCGAGCCAGCGGAAAGCGAGCAGACUGCGCCACCUGCAGAAAGCUCGAGCGCCAUCUCUCGGCAUCCCGCCGAGCUGGCCGCCGCCUCCUUCGAGCCUCCUCCGAGCGAGGGCGCGCCCGACUCCCCCCUCGAUGCGCCGACUGCUCCGAAUGAAGCCACAACACCCGGCGGCGCGUUUCCUGAGGGGCCCACCACGCCAGCCUGCUUCGCGGCCGAAGCGCAAGGGAAAAAAACCAAGCGAAGGAGGGAGCCAGCGGCCGGUUCGCCCCCAUCCCGCGCCACCUCGGGCGAAUCGCGGCACUCACCCGCUCCCCCGGCUAGCCACAGCGUGCCUGCUCCGGCUGUACGAGGAGAGAUGCCACCCGCCCGCGAGACAGCCACAGAUGGCUUCAUCCUCGUGCAGUCGAGAGGCGACAGGCGGCGCACAAAAGCACUCGAGACGGCUGCACUCCCGGUGGACCCUGCGGUUAUCGGCACCGUGCUGUUCCGCCCUUCGGCACCCGGCGGAGCUUUCCAGGGAACACUGCGCCUCACACUUGCUGCGGCCCUCUCUUCACGGCCAGGUGUGGCAGCGGUUCGCGUCAAUCAUAGGCGCAACAUUGUGGCCGCUGACACCACCACCCAGCAGUGCUUAGAGGGGCUGCUCAAGCUCACCGAGCUGCACGCCAUCCCCGUGACUGCCCGACUACCGGCCGAGCGGGGAAAGAGCACUGGUUUCCUGCACGGGGUGAGCGGACUGCAUGCGGACACGGAGCUGCAGGGGGCGAUCGAGUCGGACGUUCCUGUGCUGUCGGCCACGUUGGACGGGAGCACCGUUACAAUCCGGUUCGCGGGACCGGUCCCCCCUGAGCAUGUACGCGUCUGCAAGCUCGGCUUCAGAGUGAGGCCAGCGAGGCCCCGCCCAGUACAGUGCAGGCAGUGCGGCCGCUUCGGACCCGUCCCGGAAUCCUGCCGGUGGCCGAGCGACUGCAUCUCCUGCGGCAAAAAACAUGCAGCGAGCGACUCCUGCGAGACCAUCCGCUGCAGGAACUGCGGGGGCCCCCACAAGGCGGACACUCCUGCCUGCCCCAAAUGGCAGGAAGAGAGGAGGGUGGCCACAAUCCUCGCUUCCUCCACCACGGCACUCUCGAGGCGAGCUGUGAGGGCAACCGUACGGGAGGAGAAGCAGCAGGAGUUGCCAACACUGGUGCAGUCAUAUGCCAGUGCACUGAAGGGCCCCAGCCCCACAGCAACACCUCCAGUACCAGCCCCCCGUACGACCCGCCGCCGGGAGACGCGGGACCCUGCUACCACACCUGGCCAGCCUACCGUGGAUCAGCUGGUAGCGAACCUGCUACUUACCAUGCAGUGGUUUCCCAGCAGCCGCCACACCAUCAUGGCUAGUCGCACUCCUAAGGGUCGGCCACGCAUCCUGCAGUGGAACUGUAACCACCUGCUGCGCCGACACGCUGAGCUGGUCGCCCAGCUACCUCUGCACGACUAUGAUGUCCUCGCCUUUCAGGAAACAUACGUGCGUGCAGAGGAGGUUCCACUGCCAGGCUACAUCGGCUACAGCAGUGCGAGCGAGUGCGCAUUGACAGACUGUACUUCGGCACCUUGCUGCGAGAGGAGCCACCCGCACGAGCGUCCCCGUGUCGCCUUGUACAUCCGCGCCGCUCUCCCACACGUACUGAUCGACACAACCCAGCUGUGUAGUGCUGUGGUGGAGUGCGUGGCCGCUACUGUGCGCGUACAGGGCACCGACACCUCCGUCGCGUCCGUGUACAUCCGCCCCGAUCGCACCGACCGGCGCCAACAGUACGACCCCGAUUUUCUCGCGCGCCUAACCGCAUCGCUCUCGUCGGACUGUGUUGUGUGCGGGGAUUUUAACGCUCACCACCGCGGCUGGGGGAGUGCUACAUCUGAUCAGCGGGGAAGGGCUCUUUUCGAUGCCGCGUCAUCACUGGGCCUCUCCAUUCUCAACAGGGGAAAGCUCACGUUCGUGCGCCGCAGUGGGGUAACGUCAGCGAUCGAUCUGGCACUUGUCUCGGAGCGCUGCUCACAUGUGUGGCAGCGCGCUCCGGACACUGCCGGCUCGGAUCAUUACCCCAUCACUCUGGCUCCCACCUCUCCCAGCCGCGGUGUCACUCGUGUGUGCGUAGUGGUGCGCUGGUCAAAGUACCGCGAUCUGUGCCGCGAGUGGUCGCGCGACACCGAUUUCUUCGGACACGUUGCAGAAUGUGCAAGGCGGGCAUCGACGAGAGCGGUGGUCCCUGCCGGUUCUCCCUGCCCGGACAUUAAGCUACUAAACCUACGCGCCGCCCGCCGCCGCGCUCAGCGCCGUGCCGUACGCUCGGGUAUCGCGUCCGACUGGACUGUGUACAACAGACUGGACGCAGUGUGCCGACGACACGCGAAGCGGCUGCGCCGCCGCAGCUGGGCACGGCUCUGCUCGUCGCUUGCUGACCCGCGCAACCAGCACCGAGGGUGGCGCGUCAUGCGCGCGCUCGUGAACCCGAAGUCUCCUCGCUGGCCAGUCCUCGCCAUCGCUGUUGCGCGCGGCGUCACCGAGAUGGCGCUCGCGGAACUUCUAGCCGACUCGUUCGCUGCCAUCGCCGUCUCCACCUCACCCGGCGUCCCUGCGGUUGCAUUGCGGGCGCUCUACACGGCUGUGUUCGUGAGAGGGGAAGAUCGCGCGCAUACCGCGCGGGCGAUUGACAGCCUGUGCAGCGACGACUUCACCUUUCACGAGCAGCAGCGCGUCCUGUGCCGCAGGCAGCGCCGCAGCGCACCUGGAGCAGAUGGUGUCACCCACCAAAUGCUCCGAAACCUGGACGACGACCACCUCCGGCAUCUCCUGGACGCGUACAACACCGUCUUCCGAGAGGGCUGCCUGCCGGACCCUUGGCGCUGUGCUGUCGUCGUACCAGUACUGAAGCGCGGCAAGCCUGCACGCGACCUCACCUCCUACCGGCCCGUCUCGCUGACGUCGGUGCCGGGUAAAACCAUGGAGACGAUGGCGCUGUCGAGGCUGCAGUGGAUCGCGCGAGCGCGCGGUGCCCUUCCGUCCGAGCAGUGCGGCUUCCGUGCGCACCGGUCUACUGGCGACUGCAUCGCUGUUGUUGUGGGCGCACUGGAGCAGGCCAGGCGCGCGGGAGAAGCUGCCUUCCUCCUCCUCCUCGAUGUGCGCAGCGCCUUUGACUCGCUCCCGCACGAGUCGAUCAUCUCGGCUGUGGAGGCCCUCGGCGUGGUCGGAAACCUACUCGCCUACGUCAAGGCCUUCCUCGCUAACAGGACGUUCGCCGUUCGCGUUGGCCGCGCAACCAGCUCGCCACGACCAGUGACCACCGGCGUGCCACAGGGUAGUGUGUUAAGCCCUUUCCUGUUUAACCUCACCCUCGCUCCCAUCAUCGAGUGCUUGCCGAAAGCUGGUCGCUUCCCCGUGCGUGCGGUUGUGUACGCGGACGACGUCGCCCUCUACGUGCGGGGGCCGAGGACUGCCAUCGCCGAGAUGCGCCGCGAGCUGCAGGAGGCCGUCGACUCUGUCGCCGGCUUUCUACGUGCCACUGGUUUGCAACUAUCGUCAACCAAGAGCGAGGCGUUCAUGGUGCACCCUCACGCUGCCACACGCCGCUACACCGGCCGCACCAUCGCCUCACUUGGCGUACGGCUGUGCGGCGUCUACGAGCCGAAACACUUCGCAUUGAGUGCGCGAUCCGCCGCCUGCUCGCGCGGAGACGGCAGCCCCCCGUCGUUCGCGGUCAGUCUGUACGGUGCGCUGGCGCUCUCGCGUGUGCUUUACGCGCUGCCGCUGUGUAGUGUGCGCGAUUCGCAGUGGCGCAACAUCGACGGCGACCACCGCAGAGUGCUACGGAUGUGCCAUGGCCUCCCACGAGCAUCACGAGUGGCGGAGACGCUUGCGGAAACCGGCGCUUGGCCUCCCUCACUGACGGCCGAUCUCCGCGCGCUCGGCCACAUCGAGCGCCUCUCCAGUGCCCCCGACGCGAGCCCUAUCCUGUCGCAGCUGCGGCAGCUCCCCGCAUCCAGAGUGGGCAAAAUGCUGCAGCUCUUCGAGGAAAUUGUGACUGACCCGCCGGCUCCACCACCAGACUGGCCGCCUCCGAACCUCGCCGCGCCCCUGGACGUGUGCCUCGAACUGCCAGGCGUCCGGUCCAAGCACCGCGCGCCUCUCUGCGCCAUCAUGCAGGAGGCUGCAGCGAGGAUACAGGACGACCUGGCAGGGAGAGCGCACCUAUACACGGAUGGCUCGGUACUCGAGGACGGCUCCGCGGCUGCUGCCUGCUUCGGCCCGAGCCUCACCAUCGAAAGCCUGUGCCGCCUGCCCUGCCGAGCCAACUCCACCAUCGCUGAGCUCGUGGGAAUAGACCUGGCUGCGGACGCGCUCGAGCAAUCGCCGCAUAUCGCCCGCGCGGCCAUCCUCACCGACUCGAGGCCCGCCCUGCAGCAGCUGCUCCUGGAGGAGCGCGCCCCACUACUAGCCCAGCGUGUUGCGUGCAGACUCCACGCCUUGCAGCAGCGAGGACUGGACCUCCGUCUACAGUGGGUGCCCUCACACGUUGGCGUCGCCGGGAACGAGGCCGUUGACAAGCUCGCGCGACGCGCACACGAUCACAACACGCCGAUCGCGCAGCGCGUCAGCUCAUUCGACACCGCGCCGCUCAGAAUCCGCCGGGAGCUCGCGCUCCGCCAUCCCGACAGCCGGGUGGCACGGGGACGCACACCACGCCAUCUCCCGGAGGCCGGCUUCACUAGGCGCGAGCGCGCCUUCCUCCUCGCCUUGCGGACCGGUUCCGUGUGGCCCGCCGAGAGGAGGCAUCGCUUGCAACGAGCGCCCUCUCCCCUCUGUCAGGAUUGCGGCGCGACUGAAACCUUGGAACACUUGCUCUGUGAGUGCCCCGCCCUCUCGCCCGCGCGAUCGACACUUGCGCAAGUGUACCGUGCGCGGAACUUACCGUGUGCGACACUGCACGACCUGCUGCAUCCCUCGGGCUGCAUUUCGCAACACAGGCGCCUUUUCCGCGCGCUCUUGGUCUUCGCCGAGGACGCGGCACUUCAAAGCCGCCUGUAA